UUGGAGAGAGGUGGGAAUGCUCGCGCUCUCUUCGCUUCCAGCCUGCAGACAGGAGGAUUCUCCGGCUGCAUCGGUUUCAGUUAAAUGAAAAUAUUCCAGAGUUUCUUCUGAAAUUUAUCACCACAAACAACCAGGAUAUUUAACUGAGAGCAAUGUUAAGCUGCUGGAAGAGGUGAAGCACAAGACAACCAGAAAACUCUUCAGUACAUGCAAAAAUUGUUUUCUACAUGUAACAGACAAAUGAAGGCAAGUCCCGUCAUGGAGAAACAUCACCACUCUGUCAAGAGUUUUACUGCACAGAGUGAUCUCAAAAAACACCAGCGCGUUCACACAGGAGUGAAACCGUACCGCUGCUCAGACUGUGGAAAGAGUUUUACUACACCGAGUAAUCUCAAACUGCAUCAACGCAUUCACACAGGAGAGAAACCGUAUCAAUGCUCAGACUGUAAGAAGAGUUUUAUUAGACAGAGUUAUCUCACAAAACACCAGCUCAUUCACACAGGAGAGAAACCAUAUCACUGUUCAGACUGUGGAAAGAGUUUUAAUCAAGAGAGUAAUCUCAAACAGCACCAGCGCAUUCACACUGGAGAGAAACCGUAUCACUGUUCAGACUGUGGGAAGAGUUUUAAUCAAGAGAGUAAUCUCAAACAGCACCAGCGCAUUCACACUGGAGAGAAACCAUAUCACUGUUCAGACUGUGGGCAGAGUUUUACUUCACAUGGUAAACUCAAAAAACACCAGUGCAUUCCCAAAGGAGACAAAACAAAUUAUUGCUCAUUGUGUAAGACGUGUUUUAGUACACAGAGUGUUCUCAAAAAACACCAGCGCAUUCACACUGGAGAGAAACCAUAUUAUUGCUCAAAGUGUAGGAAGCAUUUUACUACACAUGGUAAUCUCAAAAGACACAUGCACUUUCACACUGAUAAGAAACUAUAUUAUUGCUCCAAGUGUAAGAAGAGUUUUACUUCAGAGAAAAAUCUCAAAAUGCACCAGCGCAUUCACACAGAAGAGAAACCACAUUAUUGCUCAGACUGUGGGAACAGUUUUAGUACAAUGUGUCAUUUCAAACUGCACCAGCGCAUUCACACUGGUGAGAAACCGUAUCAGUGCUCAGACUGUGGGAAGAGUUUUGCUCAAAUAGGUAAUCUCCAUCUACACCAGCACGUUCACACAGGAGAGAAACCAUAUCACUGCUCAGACUGUGGGAAGAGUUUUCCUCGCAAUUCUUAUCUCCAACUACACCAGCGCAUUCACACUGGAGAGAAACCGUAUCAGUGCUCAAAGUGUAAUAAGUGUUUUACUACACAGAGUAAUUUCAAAGUGCACCAACGUGUUCACACUGGAGAGAAACGAUAUUACUGCUCAGAGUGUGGGAAGAAUUUUGCUACACAGCGUUGUCUCAAAAGACACCAGCGCAUUCACACAGGAGAGAAACCGUAUCACUGCUCAGACUGUGAGAAGAGUUUUACUACACAGAGUUAUCUCAGAAUUCACCAGCGUGUUCACACAGACGUGAAACCGCAUCACUGCUCAGACGAUAAGAUCUUAAUAAUUGGAGUAGGUACCGGGGGGGAUGGAUCAGAAUCAGGUGGAUUGGUUCUCCCCAAAAAUGAUAUUGUUCCUGCUCAGCUCAGCUGUACUAUUAAAGAGGAGACGGACCACUGACCGCUGUGUGAAUGAGAAAUUUUUUAACGCCAAUCAUGAAGCCGUUCAGGGAGAAAGUUCUGCCUUUCGGGAGAAGCAGCCAAUCAGCUUGCUGGUUUUGCAGAGCACGGAGGAAAGAGGGCUUUUUUUUUUUUAGUUUUGUCGUUAAAAUGACGUUAAAAUAAAUCUGGAUAUAUACUUUGAUUUUUGGAACAAAAGGUAACUGAGCUAACCAUGUAAACUGUGAUGAUGUUGUUUCUGAUACCUGGUGUAAAAAGACUAGUCUCUGAAUUAAAACACAGAUCAAACCCAUUGAUAAAAUGCAGCUUGGGACAGUCAGUUAGCUUAAUUUAGGAAUAGGAUUGAUAGGUAGUUAAGGUUUCAGAAAAAAAAAAUGUAUAAUUUUCUACCUGCACUAAUGUACCAGAUCAGCUAAUAUUUGUUUUGUUUGUUUGUUUUUUGUUGUUCAUUAGUGUAUGUUUUGAGCAACUACACAGCAACUUAUUCAGUAGUGUGACAAUGUUUAAACAAAUUUGUGAAAAGUAUAAAGAGAAGGAUAAUGUUGCAAAUGUAGUUUAUUUUAAUAGUUAAAUUGUGAAACAUACAGGAUAUAUGAGUAAUUCUGAGUUAUUGUUUUUUUUGAGUGGAGUAAAUGUAAAUAUACAAAUAUACAACAGAAUUGACAUGCCAAUACAUAGUAGUAAGAAUAAUAAUAUUAACCAAAUGUUAUUUUAAAUAUUAGGUGAUAACUGAUUGGUUUUUGUCUUAUAUGCUAUAAUUCAGAAAUUGCACGCAUAACCACGACCAGUGUAUAUGAACUAGGAGACAACAAGCUCUCUGAGUGAAGUGCCAGGAACCUCUCCUCAGAUAGCAGUGCAUGCCUGUUCUACACAAAGUAAAGUCUUAUACAGGCCAGAAGAUCUUUCCAUCCACUCUUUCCUUCUCUUUCAUUUUAUCAGAGACUUUAGGGCGUUUAAGGACUGUUUGAUCUGUACGUGAUACAGGAUACACGAAGACUGUUUGCUGUGUUUAUGAAGGACACAGAGCUGAACAACACCAUGAUUAGAACUUGUUGCUCAGACGGGCUGGAGCUGAUCACGUCAUCAGAGCUGAACAACAGACUCUUAACUGGACACUGCUGACGUAGAUAUAUUGAUAGAUUCUAUCCAAUUGCAUUGGAUCCUAUUGAUUUACGUUUUAUUUACAUAAAUGUAUAACUGCUUGUUGUGAAUGUGUUGACCUAUCAAGAUUUAAUUACACUAUUUGUUGACUGGUUUA